AUGGCGUCCAAAGCAGCAGCGGCACUUGUCAUCCUGGCCUUGGCCUGCGCGGCCGUCCAUUCGGCAGCGGCAGGGCUCUCGCCGGACUUCCACGCGGUGUCGUGCCCGGACCUGGAGCACAUCGUCAUGUACCACGUCGCCGAGGCCUUCAGGAAAGACGUCGGGGUCGCCCCCGCACUCAUCCGCAUCCUCUUCCACGACUGCUUCCCGCAGGGCUGCGACGCCUCGGUGCUCCUAACGGGGAACAACAGCGAGCAGGGGAUGGGGCCCAACCUGACGCUCCGGCCGGUGGCGCUCAACCUCAUCGAGAGCAUCCGCGCCGCCGUGCACCGCGCCUGUGGCCGGAUUGUCUCCUGCGCCGAUCUCACCGUCCUUGCUACCCGCGACUCCCUCGUGCUGGCUGGCGGACCCCACUUCGACGUGGCUCUCGGCCGACGUGACGCGCUAGCCCCAGCGUUGGAGGAUCUCGUCUUCACCCUACCGGCGCCCUCCUUCACCGUGCCGGAACUCCUCAAAUCCUUCGGCGACCGAAACCUCGACAAGGCGGACCUGGUGUCCCUCUCUGGCGCGCACUCCUUCGGCAUCGCCCACUGCUCCUCCUUCUCCGACCGCUUCACGCCGGUCGACGACACCGACCUAGUCAUCGACCCCAAUUUCGCGGCCAAGUUGAGGGCCAAGUGUGCUAAGGACAUGCCUGCGGGCACCGUCAACCAGACCCUCGAUUUGCGUACGCCGGACGUGUUCGACAACAAGUACUACUUUGAUCUCAUUGCCAAGCAGGGUCUGUUCAAGUCGGACCAGGGCCUCAUCGUCCACCCCAACACCACGCGCAUGGCGACGCGGUUCUCGCUCAACCAGGGGGCAUUCUUCGAGCAGUUCGCCAAAUCCAUGGUGAAGAUGAGCAACAUGGACUUGCUCACCGGCAGCCAGGGCGAGAUCCGGUUCAACUGCGCUGUCCCCAACAGCCGUGUCGAGGGCAUCGAGACCGCCAGCGACGAGGGCCGUGCCGCCGCCAUGUAA